AUGGCCAGUCGCACGCUACACCACGCGCCACCCUUUCGGGCCGAGCAUAUGGGCUCGUUACUGCGUCCCCAAGACCUUCUCGAUGUCAGAGCAAGGAUCCGGGAUGAAGAUACUUCCCCUGAGCAGGCGGGGCUCCCCGCUGUUGAGAAGAAGGCUGUCGGCAACAUCGUCAAAACCCAACUCGACCUGGGAUACAAGGGUGUCGGCAGUGGAGAGUUCAACAGAACCCGAUUCUGGGGCCUCUUCUGGGACGAACUUGAUGGCACGAUUCGUCUACAGGAUGCCGAUGCUAGCAUGUUCCGUCUCUAUCACCCUGAUGUCGUCAGUCUGAUUGAAAAAGACCGCAAGGUCAUGCCUGGUGAUUCGGUUAUUGCGGGCACCAAAAUCCGACAUAAUGGCACCGAAUCAAAUUUGCAUGAGUUGAAACUCGUGCAAGAGUUUGUCCCCAAAGAGGAGUGGGGCAAUAUCAAGCUUACCAUGAUCACACCGGCGUGGUUCCAUAUGAGAUACAAGCAGGGCAAAGCAUACACUCCAGAGGCAUAUACUAGCGAAGCUGAAUACUUCAAGGACGUGGCUGCUGCUUAUGCGCGGGAGUUGGAGGUCCUCUAUGAAGCGGGACUAAGAAACGUCCAAUUCGACGACCCAGGUCUUGCUUAUUUCUGCUCAAACCAAUUCCGCGACGGUUGGGCCGCCGACAAGGACAAUGUCGGCACCGUCGACGACCUACUCGACGCCUACAUCAAACUCUACAACGACUCACUCGCCAACAUUCCCUCGGACCUACACACAGGCGUGCACCUGUGCCGCGGUAACUUCAUAGGCGGGCGCCAUUUCGCUGAGGGAGCCUACGACAUCAUCGCCAGCAAGCUGUUCCAGAACCUCAACGUUGACACCUUCUACCUAGAGUACGACACGGAGCGAGCUGGUGGCUUCGAGCCCCUGAAGUAUCUCCCCAAGAACAAGAAUGUCAUUAUUGGCGCGAUCAGUACCAAGUUGCGCAAGUUGGAAGAUAAAGAGGAAAUCAAGCAGAGGAUUUAUAAGGCUGCUGAUGUCGUGGCCGAAGGGUCUAAGCAAACGCGCGAAGAGGCCCUCAAGCGUAUCGGCCUCAGUCCUCAAUGCGGAUUUAGUACCCACGAGAGUGGGUAUCCUCUUAGCGAUGAGGAUCAAUCUGCCAAGUUGGCUUUGAUCAGGGAGAUUGCAGAUGAGAUUUGGGGUGAGCCAUAG